UGUUUCACUCAAGAAACAAGCUUUAUAUAUAUAUUGAAAUAUUCCCACAUGUAUUGUCUUAGCUAAUGCAAUUGUUCUCCAUCUCCCAUUUGCUUCUCCAACAUCUUCCUUUGGUUUCACUCAAAGAACACAACCUUAGUCUUAAAACAACUUCAUACCAUUGGUCGAACUACUGAACUGAAUCACUUGUUGUCGUUUACUCUUAAAUUUUCUAUCAAGACCCGUCCUACGUCCUACCUACCCUAACAUAGUUUGUCACGACCCAAAAUUCCAAGAAAAUGGAUCAAUUGCAACCACAACAACCAGUUCAAGUUUAUCCAAACAAUCCAAACAACUUCCCUAAUCAACCAAACAACAUCCCAAUGACUCAAUCCUCUUCUUCUCAUAACUCAUCAAAUGGUUCAUUUGUGAGUGUUUUUGUUGUCCUAGCUAUUGUUUUUGUCAUAUCUGUUAUUGCUUGUGUUGUGGGACGUUUAUGUAGCAAGAAAAGCAAUGGACCUAAGGUGAAGAAAAGUCAUGGUCAACCACAAAAACAAAAAGAGGGAAAACAUAAUAAGCACAAUGAGUUUCAUAAUAAAAGAGAAGGAGGGGAUAUAGAAUUUGGAUUUGAUAAGAAAAUUGCAAGUUCUAAAGUGGCUGCAGCACAUGGAGAUAAUCAUUAUAAGGGGCCUAAGCCUUAUAAGAAUGCUAGUGGAGGUAAAGGGGGAGUUAGAUUUUCUGAUAAUCAUAUUGAUUUCAAGCUUGGUCCAUGAAAAUUUGUAGAAAAAAAAUAUAUGUUCAUAGAUGAACUCUCUCUAUGUACUAAUUACUUUGGUAGUAGUUUUUUUUUUUUUUGUAACAUGGAGGAAGGGGAAUAGAAAGGUAAAGGGACCUGUGAGAAUCGCGCAUGUAUUGUGUGAAAAACUCUCAUCAGUAUCACUAGACUAUAAGUUCUGAGGGUAAUUAUUCCUUGUGUUUUUCUUUUGUUGGUUAAUUGUAGCUUUGGGUUUUUUUUUUUUUUUUGUAUUUAUGCCUAAUGCAACAUGAUUGUUGUGAUCGGGAUUGUCAAAGUGUAGUAUUUUCAGUUUAUCAUCAAUUGGAAUAUAUGGUUGGGGGUUCAAGAAAA